CGGGUGAAAAAACACACUAGAUCACUGUACAAAAGCGGAUGCGCUCGCAUCCAGACGGGUUUCUGCAGCCACAAAAUUGCCACAGUUUCAACAAGCUGCGGUAAAUUGGCUCCGCUGAUACUUGCAGACGUUCAAAGUUUAGAUUAAACACAACCAUAAUGUCGUUCGAACAGCAACAGUUUUCGCAACAAUCAUAUCCACCAAACCAACCGGAAAAUGCGUCUCCACCUGUUUGGAAACAAAUUCAAGACCUGCUGGACGAAAAUGCGAUCCUCAUACAGGCGAUCCUGGAGCGUCAGCAUAGCGGAAAUCCAGAUGCGUGCCAGUCGCUUCAGGUUGCAUUGCAUCGGAACCUCGUCCAAUUGGUGAACUUAUCCUGUUCUUGAUAACAAUGCAUCCAUUUUUCCAACGCAAAAUAUAAACACAAACGGCUAAUUUUCUAAAGAAUUUUGUAUUUUUCCCUGUCCGUUUAUACUCCCUCGUCCAAAUGUGUUUAGCGUGCGCUCUCUCUUUCUCACUCUCCAUCUCUCAAUCCUUAUGUCAACGGCGUAUGCGUUUUGGCCGAUUCGAAACGUAAACAAACACGAAUACGUCCCCGCUCCAAAAACUUUCGUCACGAUUUUAUGAUCUACGUUACGCAUAUUUUAUCUGAUAAGAGCUGGUAAAACACAAAGCAGCGGUGGUUUUGCAAAUGAAGGCGUUACAUUUUUGCUGUUGCUAAAAGUCAUUACUGCAAAUAACAAUCACUGCCUCCGGUGUAUGCAAGUGUCUGUCUACGAAGGAAUGUUUCGUAAACUAUUUCCCACAACGAAUGUGGUGAAAGUUGUGGCCGCUCAGCAGUGGUGUAUCCGUAGAAAUGUAAGCUCCACAGUACGGCCACGAAUCUGUAUCGUAGGUGCGGGUCCAGCCGGCUUCUACGCUGCCCAGUACAUACUAAAACAUCUGGACAGUUCCGAUAUUGAUAUUGUGGAAAAGUUGCCGGUCCCGUUUGGUUUGGUGAGAUUCGGUGUAGCACCCGACCAUCCGGAGGUUAAAAAUGUUAUCAACACAUUUACCAAAACGGCCGAAAAUCCGCGUGUACGAUUUCUGGGCAAUCUAAGCUUGGGAAAGGAUUUCACACUGGAAGAGCUGCGCGAACGAUAUCAUGCUGUGUUGCUUACGUAUGGCGCCGAGCGGGACAAUACGUUAAACAUCCCGAACGAAACCCUGCAGAACGUGCUCUCGGCCCGAGAGUUCGUCGCUUGGUACAAUGGGUUGCCCGGUUUCGAGAAUCUUAAUCCCGACCUGAGCGGAAAAUCCUUGACCCUGCUAGGGCAGGGUAAUGUGGCCGUUGAUGUAGCACGCAUCGUACUGGCCAGUGUGGACGAGUUGCAGAAAACUGAUAUUACAGACUAUGCACUGGAAGCACUGUCGAGAAGCCGCAUCGAAACGGUCCAUCUCGUUGGACGAAGAGGCCCACUGCAGGCGGCCUUCACUAUCAAGGAGCUGCGAGAAAUGUUAAAGCUGCCCAACUGUGCAACGCGCUGGAGGGCUGAUGAUUUCGAUCACGUGGAAGAAAGCAUACCAAAUCUACCUCGACCAAGGAAACGAAUCACGGAACUUAUGGUGAAAAGUUUAGCAGAACAGGGGCAGAAUAAAAUUCCACCGACUGGACGCUGCUUUCAACCAACCUUCUUCCGUUCGCCCAUUAAUUUCAUUGGCACCAACGGUAAGGUUGAAGCGGUUGAGUAUGUCGUCAAUAAGCUUGCGGACGGUAGAGCCAUUCCAACCGAACAGCGGGAAACGAUAGCGACGGAUCUUGUGUGUCGCAGCAUCGGAUACCGGGCCAUCAGUGUGGACACACAUAUCAACUUUGACGAGCGGAAAGGUUGCGUUCUCAAUUCUGGAGGUCGUGUGUUGAAACGAAAUCUCACCGGAAGCGACCAAACCAUCGACGACAUUGAGGACAAGUACGAACCGGGUCUGUACGCAUCCGGAUGGCUUGCAACAGGCCCAACCGGUGUGAUCCUUACGACGAUGAAUAAUUCCUUCGGUGUGGCCGAUUUAGUGUGUCGUGAUUUUCAAAGCAACACCAUCCGUCUCAAAACGUCCCUGCCCGGGCUGGACCUUACCGGCCGCCCGUACGUUAGCUGGAACGGCUGGAAAGCCAUCGAUGCGGAGGAAGUUAGACUGGGACUAGCGAAAGGAAAGCCACGGGAAAAGCUUACCUGUAUCAAGCGUAUGCUGCAGAUUGCAUCUAAUGCAAGCGAUUAGCGUUCUCAAAGAACUCAAGCGCACAGUUGUUAUUAUUGCUCGUACCUGGCCCGCUCAUGUAUUGGUUGUUACCUUCUUUUUUUAAAUGUUUUUUUUUCUAUCCUUGGGAGUGGAUCAAUCGGGGUAAAGUUUAACAAAUAGAAUCAUCAUCACUCACGGCACCAUAACGCUGGUUGGUGAAUUUUGUUUUGUUUUGCCAAAAACGUAUCACCAGAGUUGUUCCCGUUUUUUCAUUUUUCAACACCGUUUCAGAUACUUCUUCGCAUCCUUGCUAUCGUUGCCGAAGGUUUUCCCAAACCUGUGGAAAUUGAAAUAAAAAAAAAAACAGUAGCACUCAUUACCACA